AUGAAGUGGUUUGGAGUCCUAGGGCUUGUGACCCUCUCAGAGUGUUUGGUCACAAUCCCUCUGAUGAAGAUUAAAUCCAUGCGAGAAAACCUGCGGGAGGGCAACAUGCUGAAGGAUUACCUGGACAGGUACCCGCACAGCCGCGCGCACCGGACGGAGCAGCGCCCGGGGCCGGCGCUUUCCUUGGAGCCCAUGAGGAACUACCUGGACUUGGCCUAUAUAGGCAUCAUCAGCAUUGGCACGCCCCCUCAGGAGUUCAAGGUCGUCCUGGACACUGGAUCUGCGGAUUUUUGGGUGCCAUCCAUCUACUGCUCCAGCCCAGCCUGUGCUAGACACAAGGUCUUCAACCCUCUGCUCUCCUCCACCUUCCUGGUCUCUGGCCGGCCUGUUAACGUCGCCUAUGGCUCUGGAGGGAUGUCAGGAUUUCUUGCCUACGACACCGUUAAGAUUGGGGGCCUCAUGCUUGUUGCCCAGGCAUUUGGCCUAAGUCUGCAGGAGCCGGGCAGUUUCAUGGAAUAUGCAUUCUUUGAUGGCAUCCUGGGGCUGAGCUACCCCAGCCUUGGCCUGCAGGGAACAACACCUGUGUUCGACAACUUGUGGAUACAAGGCCUCAUUUCACAGAACCUCUUUGCUUUCUACUUGAGCAGCAAGGGUGAGAAGGGCAGUGUGCUGAUGCUGGGUGGGGUGGAUCCCUCCUACUACAGCGGAGAGCUUCACUGGGUGCCCGUGUCUAAGCUUGCCUACUGGCAGUUAGCCAUGGACAGCAUCUCCAUGAAUGGGGAAAUCAUUGCUUGUGGUAGUGGCUGUCAGGGCAUUAUCGACACUGGCACCUCCUUGCUGACUGGCCCACGUCAAUCAGUCCUCAACAUCCAGAAAAUCAUCGGUGCCAGGGCGUCCCAUGAUGGCGAGCAUGUCCUUGACUGUGACACGGUCCACUCCCUACCUGACAUUGUCUUCACCAUCAAUGGAGUCACCUACCCAGUGCCAGCCAGCGCCUACAUUCAAAAGAGUGACCUGCACAUCUGCUAUACUAAUUUUGAAGAAGGCAUGGACAACUCGACGGACCCUGAGAUCUGGGUGCUGGGCGACGUUUUCCUGAGGCUGUAUUUCACCGUGUUUGAUCGGGCAAACAAUAGGAUUGGCUUGGCUCCUGCAGUGUAA